AAUUAGUAGCCAGCAUAAGAGCAUUAUUAUGUCCAGAUUAGCUAACCAGGAAAAGAUGAUUCAGGCGUAUACAGGCCGAAGCCCCAGUCCAUCUUGACACAAUUAUUCUAGGGUGCAUUUAGCAUCAAAGCAUAUUGAAACUCCAGAAAAUCAUGAGACUUCUUUUGAUACUAUUUCGAGAGCAAGGAACGACUAUUCUCCUGUAUUACCCUCUAUAAGCCCAAAUUCUUCAAAGAUUAAGGUGAAUUUCUUAAAGAAAAAUAUGAGCAUUGCCAAUCAAGUUGUGAGAAGUUACCGAAGCUUCAGCAGGAGGCAUGCGUACAAUCUUAAAUAUGAAGUUACAGGUAGUAGCGAAAAUAAUGAUUAUGAUCUCCAAAAGGAUGGUUCCUCCACGAAUGCAGCCUCAAGUCCUAAAUCUAAACGGAAGAAGAACAGACCUCUCAUGUCUCGUACCUCCAAAAGUGCUGUUCCAGAGAGAGUUAUACAGGUUAAGCCUAUCCAAGGUCGUGAAAUGCUAGAAUCAAUACUGGAAACUAAAGAGACAGAAAAGAAGUUAAUAGAUAUGAAAAAUAGAGUUGGAAAGCUUAUCAAUGAGCGAAAGAAGGCCCUCUCUAACAUACGCUUGGCUAAAACCCGUUGUAGCUACAUUGGAAAAAUCAAUGUUAGCAAGGAUCGAGAUAAAAGCGCUAAGCACAAAUUCAGACAAAUGAUGACUCAAAAAAUGCAAGAACAAAGAGAAGAAAUUGCACGCAGAAGAAAACAGAUGAGGGAAAAUAUUGCUAAUUCUAAAUAAGGCUAAGAUUGAAGAGAACUGGCUCAAGAAGCAGACAGAAAAAGAAGCAAAGAUAGCUAAGGCAAUGGAAGCACAGGAGAAAGCUCUUGAGGAUAUGAGCAGAGUUACUAAACUGAAGAAAUCUGUGCUUUCACAUAAAAAAAAUAAAACUAACAAGUUAGUAUAUCUCUCGAAUUCCAAAAAUGAUAUGAACCAGAUCAGGUACCAUCUUAAGAACGAGAAGUUAGCCGAAACUAGAGGGUCUCAUGAGGAACAAAUAGAACAGCUCAAGAAGGAAGAAGAGAAAUUAAUAAAAGAGUUAGAAAAGACAAUGCAAAAGCAAGAAGUUGUAGAAUCUGAAGCUAACUCUCCCUCUAAACUUAGAAGAGCUCCAUCCCUUAACAUUGAUGCAAAGUUUGCUAUGCUUAAAGAAAAGAUCAGCGACCCGAAGAAGUUAAAAGCUAUGUUAAAAAUGAAAGAGUCUGCUACUAGUUUUUAUAGUAAAGAUAGUCUGGAUAGAGAAGCAUCAAUCAAGUUGAGCAAGGAUGAAUAAUUUUACAAAGGUACUC